AUGAUUACCAGAUAUCACAGGUCAUCAGGCGCCAAGGAGACAUCUGAUGCAGCGUCACCUCGCUACACAUCCUCUCCUCAGUAUGCGUUUGACGACGAGCCUGCUCCUGCACCACGGGACCACCAGAAGAAAAAGAAAUCCAUUCGAUCAUUGGCGAAUAAGAAAUCACAACCAAGCCCAUCUUCCGCUUUGUCUGCAAGUGGUGUUGAUGCGGGCCAGUCCGCAGCAGGAUCGACAGAUUCGUCUUCGGGUGGAGGCUUGACCGAUAUUAUGCAGUUUCUAAAUGAUCUUGAAGAACAGGAAAAUCAAGACAAGAAACAGAAAAAAUUAGAACGCAAGAUGUCCGGUGAUCGAUCCACUCUUUCGGCGGCUUCCUCUCUGGCGUAUUCGGAAGGCUUAUCAACGUUAUGCUAUUCGGAAGGUUCUGCCACCUUGAACACUUCGGAUGGUGGAGGAACAUUGGAUGGAUCUCAUCUGGCAGGGGCCAAGCUACUGGGAAGUUUAUUAGGUGAGCCGCCCUCCCCCCCGCAAUCUACGAGUGGGUCCAAGGUAUUGGACAGCCUAUUGGGUGAGCCCUUCUCUCCCAAAUCGACGAGUGGCGAAUCAAUGGAUGCUUCUACAUUGGUAGGUGGCAAGUUGUUGGACAGCAGCGUGCAAGGAGAGGAGGCCAAGGCAUCCUCGAAAGUUGUUGGAUACAAGAGCAAUCGGGAUGAGUACUAUUACAAUACCGUAGUCGCUCCCAUCCCUCUUUCCACGAAUGACAAGUCCACAAUACCGUCGCUAGACAAAAAGUACAAUAGUCAGCUCGUCUCUUCCAAUCAAAAGGGCAAUGAUACUGUCGUUCCAUUGAAUUCUGCCACCUCCUACACGAGGAGUAGGAGCCACAACAGCCAAACCUCCAACAGAAGUAGUGGUUCAGCUGCUGUCCCGUGGAAUGCGAGCACUUCUUAUGUGAGUCGACCCAACAGGACCAGUAGCUUUACGAGCAAUACAACGAGCAAUACGUCCAACAGUGCCUCUACUCCCGUCCCGUCAGAUCCAAGUCCUACGCCUCUUGCUUCUGUUGCUGCGAUUCAAGAACCGCCAAAGCUUGGCCUUGCGAGUAGCUACACAGAAGGUAGCACGGAAAGUCACAAAGCUGCUACUGAAGAGAGUAAAAGUCGCCGUAAGAAGAAGAGUUCCCGAAAAUCUGCCGCGCAAGCGGUAGACCGCGACGAGGAAUCGUAUUUUUCGCGGACUUCGGGGCAAGAUACUUCACAAGCAUCCUAUAGCCAACUGUUAUGUGGUCUAGAUCUGGCGAAUGGCAGUAAGUCGCUGCGGGAAUUUUUCGGCUUUUGA